UCAAUGGAGUUACCAAAGCUUCCUCCCCACGAAGGUCCCGUGCUGACCGUGGUUGACAUGCACACCGGUGGCGAGCCGUUGCGCAUCAUCCUGAAUGGAUAUCCCGAAGUCAAGGGUGACAGCGUCCUAGCCAAACGACGGUAUGUGCGAGAGCAUCUCGACCACCUGAGAAAAGUACUUAUGUUUGAGCCUCGUGGUCACUAUGAUAUGUACGGCGCCUUGUUGGUGCAAAGCGAAAUAUCAGAGGCUGAUCUUGGAGUACUCUUUAUGCACAACGAAGGCUACAGCACUAUGUGUGGACAUGCUGUUAUUGCGCUCGGUCGGUUCGCUGUAGACUACGGAAUGGUGAAAGCUCCGACUUCUCCUGAGACGCAGAUAAAUAUUCACUGUCCAUGCGGAUUGGUGAAAGCUUUUGUGGAGUAUUCUAACGGUAAAACCGGGAAAGUGAGGUUCCAAAGCGUCCCUGCUUUUGCCUUUGCAACAGAUGUCACUGUGUCAGUACCAGGGUAUGGUGAUGUCUCUGUGGACAUCAGUUAUGGUGGUGCCCUGUAUGCUUUUGUGAGUGCUGAGAAAUUUGGAUUGGAUGUCAGUAUGUCCAGAACCAAGGAUUUAGUGGAUGUAGCCACUGCAGUGACCAAUGCUGUCAAAGCUCAGGUGAAACUUCACCAUCCUGUCAGUGAGGACUUGGCCUUCCUGUAUGGCACCAUCCUCACUGAUGGUAAAGAUGCCUUCUCAGAUGAACCAACUGCCAACGUGUGUGUGUUUGCUGAUGCUCAGGUUGAUAGGAGUCCAACUGGAUCAGGGGUCACAGCACGCAUUGCUCUUCAGUACCACAAAGGCCUGAUCCAGCUCAACCAGACCAGACACUUCAGGAGUGGAACCACAGGAUCCAUAUUCACGGGAAAAGCAGUACAGGACACUGUGUGUGGACAGUUUAAGGCUGUGGUGGUGGAGGUAAGUGGUCAAGCUCACUACACCGGAGUGGCCUGCUUCACCCAGGAGACUGACGAUGACCUAAGAGCCGGCUUCCUCCUCCAGUGAACCGCUGCCCAGCAUGGAGUUUUUAGCGACAGUUAAGAGCAAGGCAACUCCUCCUCUUUUAGAUCUGGUGAAUUUCCAGAUUUUUGCUCGAGACAUACUUGGAGACAUCUGAAUUGACUUAAAUAAUCAAGGCCCUCAUGAGCAUCUAAUUAGCUGUAUUAGAUGUACUUUUGUAACUGCAUAACUGCAUCUCUGCUGGGCAGAUCUCUGGAGAGUAGUUCCACACUGUAACAUCAGUGAUUAUAGCCGAGUACCAUAUGGCAUACAUACUCUAGAUUUCUAUUGUUC